UCGCCAAAAACAGAAGACGAAACGCACGUCGUAUAGCAGACUACUCACACUACACAGUUCCCUUGACGCCGUUUAGUUCAUCUUAGGAAUUGAAGAAGCCGAAGCUUCAAAGUUUAAAACCUUUCCGCAAUUUUCCAGCUAUUCCGAAAUCCGAAUCACAAUGACUUCUUCUCUCAUUCGAACGCUCCAAAGAGCUUCUGCAUCGCUCAUUCGAACCUCGAGACCGUUAAGCCCACACGCUGCCACCACGCGUGUCGGAGCCAGAACCUACGCAGCAGAACCAAAACCAGAACCCGCGACCAAAUCGCCCUUCGAUUCCAACAUCAUACGAAUUCUCCGAAACGAAAUCGAGUACCAAGAAGAAUACGCUCCUCCACACCAGCCUGAGACUAAAUUCAAUUCGUUUACGGUUGAAGAGCUACGUGGGGAGCAAGUGGUCACGAUUAAAGGGAAAUUUGGUGAAUGUGAGGAUAUUAAAAUUGAGGCUACCAUGUUUGAUGGGUGUGAGCAUGUUCCGGCGUGUGGAGAUGAUAGUUCUGGGGUGAAUUUGCGUCUUCACCUUAGUUUAAUUGUAGAUAUAGCAAAAGGGGAAGAAGGUGACAGUGAGUUGGAGUUUGUGUGCUCGGCGUGGCCGGAUUGUUUGAAUGUUGAGAAAGUUUACAUGUUAAGACGCAGCCGGAUGGCGGCUAGGCCUUACGUUGGACCUGAUUUCAGGGACUUGAAGGCUAAGGUUCAGGAGACGUUUUACGAGUACUUGGAUGUGAGGGGAGUGAAUAAUGAGCUUGCAAUUUUCUUGCAUGAAUACAUGAUGAACAAGGAUAGAAUUGAACUUCUGCGGUGGAUGGAUAGUCUCAAGUCUUUUAUGGAAAGAUAGAUUGGUUUUGUGCCAGUCUUUGUGCACGUGUGAGGCCUAAAAUAAGCGAUGCUUUUUCUAAGUUUGCUAAUUUGUGGAAUGAAGGAUGAUUUGUGAUGGAAGUGGUUGCUAACUUCAGAUUGGGCUGUGUCCACUUGACAUUAUUUAAAUUCUUGGCAUUUUCUGCAUCUUGUAGCAUCCCAUUUUGGUAGGACAUGUAAUUGCUUGAUGUAUUGGUGUUAGGUUAGGUCGAAAUUUUUAUACAUAAAACAGUGAGAACAUUUAUCAUUAGGUGUGAUUUAUAGUUUGAAGCUGAAUCCUGUGAUAUGUUGGGAUAUUGUUUAACAUGUGUUUUCAUAACUCUUCAUUUUCCAUAUAAAGCACUGUUUGAAGGAGAGGUCAGGUAGCACUUUCCUAUCAUAACGUUAUGUUAAUAAAGAAACUAGAUAGCGCUUUUUUAAGCAAGUGUCGUGCAUUGGUGCCUAUUUGUGUAACUUUUUUUUUUAAAUGACAACAAUUCAAGCAGAGCACUUUCCAAAGAAAGCAUAUGUAAUGCUUAAACUUGGAUAAUGCUUUUCUAAAGCAGCUCUGUCUAGAAGACCAGUGUUUUAAUUUUUCCAAUAACACUUUCUUUCAGAAGCACUAUCUUGAGUGCGAUACCUGAAUGCAUUACUGGUGUAGUGAUUUCCCUUUUGCCUUACAUCUUGUUUAAGCUUCUGGUUAUGAUGGAAAGUUCAUCAAUUUCACCACCUUCAUUUUUAAAAUCAUCUGGUGAUUCUUUAGCUUUUAGGGCAAUAGAUGAGAGAUGUGUGCUUUGUAUGAUGAAAUCUCCUGAAAGCAUACCCCAAGAUGUUCUGUCGAGAACAUCUACUUUAGAGUUUGAAAAAUUUACAAUGUGCUUUGUAUGAGAGAGACUCCAAUGUCUUCAUUUUGGAAAAUGCAGAGCAUUUCACCGUACACACCUCUUGCCAUAUUGGAUGGAUCCCUUCUAAGCAAUAUAGACUAACUAUUAACUAAUGUUGAGUGUAACAACUAAUGGUAAAACACCAAUGGUCAGACUAUUUGAUCAACCAAGCUUCACCAUAACUCGUAAUUAAGCUGUUGAAGAACCAAUUGUCAAGGUUCAUCACUCAUUGUAUCCUUUCUAAAUGGAAAUAGGAAAUUCCUAGCUAAAAUUGAGAUUCUUCUCACGAACCAGAAUUUCAAAUGUGUAGCCAUUUCACUUAAAAGACCUGAAAAGCUUUGGAUAGGUGUUUGACAAGGCAAAAGGGUUUGGAGCAGAGUGGUUUUGGAGAGUGGUGGUGAGAAAAGACAGCAACUCAUUUGACCAUGGUUUGAAAUUGAUGAGAUUAGCCAUUGUUUAAGCUUUUAAUUUUUUGGCAUCUUUUUAUCUGUGCUUGUUAUGUUGGUGGUGCUCUUCAAUGACAUUAUGGUUCUGUGCUAUCAGAACAUAAAUACCUGAACUUUCAAAUUCUAUUAUAUGAGAAAAACAACAAAAUGUUACAUAAGGAAAAAUUUAGGGAAGUCAGGAGGGUCUAACUCAGUUAGUUGAGCAGGGUGCGUGAAUUAUUGUAAACUCCCUGAUACUGUCUUUGAUUCUUAUGAAUAAAAAUAACUUUUAGGAAAGGUGAAGCAGUGACCUCAUUUUGUAGUGUUUAUGGUAGCAGACUAACAGUGAAAUUAAAAAUGCUUUUAUGGCUUUCCACAACUUGAGUGGAAACAAUAGUUUCAAGGGAAGAAAGAAGAGUAAGAAACUUGAUCAAGAGGAAAAACCUUGACCAAGUAAGAACCUUGAUUGAUGAUGAUUCCAAAACUAGUUGUUUCUUUCUCACUUUCUCCUAUGUGAAAGGUAGCAAUGUCUUUGAAAUCUAAACGCUAUGCAAAAGUUGUUUUCUCCACUGGUAAGUCUUGGACAAACAUCUAUUUUGUUUAGAAGAGUGCUAGCAACACACAUUCUACUAAAAGGCUUUUUAAUGAUCCAGAAAAUAAUAGAUUUUUUUUUAUUGGUUUUGAGUGAGUGAUGAUUUGAUUGGUUUUAUUUUACUACCAGUUGAUUUUCACAGAAUUUUGGAUUUUACACUUAUUUUACUACCGGUUUGUACCUGGCUAUGAUGUGUGAGCAUGAAUUGAGGGAGACAAAGAUCAUUAUACAUAUAUUUAUGUUGCAAAUGGAAGCAUAUUUUCUCACAAGCCGUUAUAUGGUGUACCCCCUCAAAACGAUAAGAUACAUGCUGCUUACCAAUGCGUGGCAUGCAUAUUGAUGCUUAAAAGUGUUCAGAAUACUUCUGUAUCAGCAAGUUUCAACUGUUAAUUUGUCAUACCAACCAUGUACAGAUUCAAUUUUGAAGUACAACAAUAAAUGCUCCCAUCCAUGACUUCCUAACAAUAGUAGC